CAGGAGCGGAGGAAGAAGAGGAAAACGAGUAGGGCUUCUUCGUUCGAUCUGAGUCUAGAGAGAGGAUUGUUUGGGUUUUUGGGGUUAGAUAAGAUACUAUGAGCGGCGGCGGUGGUAGCAGUAAUGGGAAGGGCAAUAAUGGAGCACCGUCGAUCCCGGUGACAUCGAGGAAGAUGGUUCAGAGUUUGAUGGAGAUUGUCAACUGUCCUGAACAUGAGAUCUACGCCAUGCUUAAAGAAUGUAAAAUGGACCCGAACGAAGCCGUUCAGAGGCUACUCGUUCAAGAUACUUUUCAAGAGGUGAAGAGAAAACGUGAAAAGAAAAAAGGGGUCAAAGAGAUUAUGGAAUCCAGGUCUCGAGGUGUCAGCAGUGCUUCAAAUCGUGGAGCUAGAGGUGUUCCAGACCGUUAUGUUGGACGUGGUGGCUCAUCACAGUUCAGCUCUAGUGAAUCUGGAGUUUUGCAUGGUAAACCUGCAUACAAGAAAGAAGAUGGGGCUAGUGCCAUGUCAAGUUCUAUGUCCUUUGCACCUGGUUUGGUGGGAAAUAAUAUCUUCAGCGAUUCUGUUACUGCUGAAAGUAAACCACAUGCUGUGAGCACAGGUGAUGGUGUCUCUUUGUCCUCACAACCUUCACCAGGAUUUCAACCUGCUUGGGUGGGGGUCCCAGGUCAAAUUUCCAUGGCUGAUAUUGUUAGGAUGGGUAAGCCCAAGGCUUCAAGGACACCAAUUGUGUCAAAUGAGGCUUCGUUUCCACCACCUAGUGCUGUCAUAAGAAGUACAUCACAGCAUACAGUCAAGCAUCCCCUUGCUUCUGGAUAUCUAUCAGCAGAGUCACAACAUAACGUAAAUUCAUCUCAAGACACUGCUUCCAAGGUUCCGGAGGAAAACCAUGAUCCUGGCAUUGCUACAAGCCAGCAUGUUUCUCAUGAUGAAUGGCCCUUGGUUGAGCAGUCCCAGGCUGCCAGUGGGUCCUCUGUCUUUGAACCAUCUGCUGCCUCUGAGGUUUAUGCUGAUACAUAUGUUGAUAGAGCUAAUCACUAUUUAACAUCCCUAUCAGAUGAAGUCCGAGUAUCAGAGGAAGAUGUUACUGAUGAAAAUCUUGGUACAGAUCAUGCUGGAUCUGCUUCUGCAUCUAAUAAGCAUAUGAAGGAAGACAGUUCCGGAGGCACAUCCAAUUUUGAUAAUGCAUCAUUCGAGAACAUGAGUUCCUUGCAUCCUCACAGGAAUGCUUUUGAGCCUCAUGAAGAAAUUAGUAGCAGCUUGAACUUAUGUGUUCCUAUUUAUUCUGUAUCUUCAGUUGAGGAUAUCAGUGUAGCAGUGUCAGCAGCAGCUGUAGACUUGCCGCAAUUGAGUUUACGGAAUGGUGAAAUAGGUGCGCUGCCUACGGAGGAAAACCCUGCUGUCAUAAUCCCAAAUCAUUUGCAAGUCCCUAGUGCAGACUGCUCACACUUGAGCUUUGGUAGCUUUGGCUCUGGUAUCAGUGGUUCAUUUUCUGGGUCAUUUGCGUCUAAAACCUCAAAAAGUAACUUGGAAGAAACCCCUGUGGCUUUAGAUGGUUCAUCAGUUCCUCACUCAGAGACCAGAAAUCCUGAGUACUAUGGAGAUGAACAGCAGAUCCGAACCACCUCAGAUGGGAAUGUUGAUCCUAGAACUGGUGCCAAUACUGGGUUUGAGUCACCUUCAUCUUCACAACCUGAGCUGAUGAAACAAGAUACUGCAGAAGCUGCACAUGGGCACCAGUAUCCCUUUUCGUCUUCUGUACCUGGUUACACAUUUGAAAACACCACACAGCCAAAUACUGCAUUUCCUUAUGCACAAACAAAUUCACAGAUGCAGAAUCUCACUCCUUUUUCAAAUGUUAUGCAAUCAUAUACAAGCUCGUUACCGAGUAAUUUAUUGGCACCGGCUAUUCAACCUGUGAGGGAGUCUGAUAUCCCCUACUCACCUUUUCUUGCGAAUCAGUCCAUGCCCACAAAGUACAGCACUACUGUAUCUUCUGUCAGUGGCUCAUCUGCUUCCAUGCCAGAGCAGACUAUAAGGCCAGGUAUUUUUUCUUCACCCCAGCCAACUGCUCCAACCUUGCCUGGUACCAGCAUUGCCACAGGACCUGCACUUCCUCAACAUCUAGCGAUGCACCCUUACUCUCAACCAACUCUUCCUUUGGGUCAUUUUGCGAACAUGGUUGGUUACCCUUUCCUCCCCCAGAGCUAUACAUAUAUGCCAUCUGCUUUGCCAUCUGCUUUCCAGCAGGCAUAUACAGGGAACAAUGCCUACCAUCAAUCUCCAGCUGCAGUACACAGUGCUGGCAUAAAGUACAUGCUCCCACAAUAUAAAAAUAGUAUUUCAGCAAGCAAUUUGCCACAGUCUGGUGCCGUUGCUUCUGGUUAUGGAGGCUUUGGGAGUUCAACCAACAUUCCUGGAAGCUUUCCACUGAAUCAGUCCUCUACCCCGCCAAGCACGACCAUUGGUUAUGAUGAGGUUUUAAGCUCUCAAUACAAGGACAGCAAUCAGUAUGUCCCUCUUCAACAGAAUGAGAACUCUGCCGUUUGGGUCCAUGGGCCUGGUUCAAGAACAGUGUCUGCCCUUCCAGCAAACACAUACUACAGCAUCCAGGGGCAAAAUCAGCAGCAUGGUGGAUAUCGACAGGGUCAGCAACCUUCACAGCAUUAUGGAGCAUACCCAAAUUUCUAUCAUUCACAGCAAGGGGUUUCACAGGAACAUCCACAGAAUAACCCGAAUGAUGGGACCUUGAGUGGUUCUCAAGGUGCACCAUCUAAGCAAUCUCACCAGAUCUGGCAACACAGCUACUAAUCAGUUCUGGUUUUUCAGGGUCUUGUACUGAGUUUGAAAGUGGUCAAUCAAGGUGCUACCACGGUUCAAUCAAAUAUAUUUAUGUUGCUUAGAGUGUACGGGUUUCCUCAACUGUACAUAUUUUGAGCUCUUGGUUGGCUACUACCCUGUGCCUAGAAGUUGUAUUCUACUACCUUCCUAUUGUCAGGUUAUGUUUUCUUAACAUAGGAGCAUGCUUGCUAAUUUGGGUUAGUGUUUUAACUUCUCCCUUGAUUCCCUUGUUUUUCAAAAAUAGUGAGGAAAGGUUUUCUCUUUGGACAGUGAGAUCUGUAAUAGUGAUAUUAUUAAGUUUAUCUAGCCAUAGUUUUUUUU